AAAAGAAGAAGGCAGGCGACCUAACCAGUACUGGCGGAGGGACAGUAUUGGAUGGGUUUUUGGUUAAUUCGAUCCCGCCACGUUCGAAUGGAUUUAUUUUUUUUUUUCACGAGUCGAAAGAAGUAACCAAACACUUUGGAUGUGUCACUCGUGAACAUCGUUCAUGGUGAAUUUAUAAAAUCUCAUCACUGAUAUUGUGUGUGUUUAUUGAAAAAUAGAAAAAUAUUUUUAAAAAAGAUUUUUCUUUGGAUUUAUAAUCAAAGCUUCGUGUCAAUGGUGCCUCGCGUAUUGUCACGAUUAAAAAUCGUCAACUCGUUGUUCGAUGAUAAUAGUUGAUGAUAAUUUAGAAGACACUAUUAUUCCUUUGGGAGAGACAUCAUCUCCCGCCACUAGGAGGAAUUAUCGAUUAGCUGUGGACUUGGAUCAUCAUCAUUAUUAUUAUUAUUAUUAUUAUCAUCGACUUUGGGUGAAUGGACCGCGGCGAGUGCCGGUUAAUCAGCGACGCCUGCGUGUCUAUGCGCGUGUGCUUCGACACCUUUUGCUUCUCGUCGACACAGCAGCGGCUGGCCGACGAGGAAGACGCAUCGCAGUUGGCGAAUUCAAAUUCCACCACGGUUAUUCAUCCCGAUCAAGGUGGUGGUGCCCUGCCAGGGACCACCGCACAAGUUAUCCUGGCACCCCAACAACAACAACAACAUCAUCAUCAUCAGCAGCAGCAGCAGACGGUCGCCGCCAUGGGCACACUGCGUGAGCUCCAGGAACUUUUGCGCGUCAAAGAUGAAAGAAUUGCCGAUCUUGAAGAGCAAUUGCGACGUCGCGAUUCUGAAAUUCAAGAUUUGCGUAGUCAUCUUGAUAAAUUUUUAAGUGUAUUACCAUUUAAAUCGCCAAUAACACCAACAAAACCACGACCCAGGAAACAACGGGCACAGGGCAUCUCAGCUGAGCCACCACUUCAGGUUCUCGCGCCCCUGGUGGUUGUUGACAAGAGCGACAGGUCACGCGAGCUGAUCAAGGCCGCAAUCCUGGACAAUGACUUUAUGAAGAAUUUGGAGCUCACCCAGAUCCGGGAGAUCGUCGAUUGUAUGUAUCCCGUUACUUUCCCCGCUGGUUCAAUUAUCAUUAGAGAAGGAGAUGUUGGGUCCAUUGUAUUCGUUAUGGAAGAGGGCAAGGUGGAAGUUUCAAGGGACGGAAAAUAUUUAAGUACCUUAGCGCCUGGAAAAGUUUUAGGUGAAUUAGCCAUUCUUUAUAAUUGUAAACGAACAGCAACAAUAACAGCAGCAACUGAUUGUCAAUUGUGGGCCAUUGAUAGACAAUGUUUUCAAACAAUAAUGAUGAGAACUGGUCUUUCAAGACAAGCAGAAUACACGGACUUCCUUAAAAGUGUUCCUAUUUUCAAGAAUCUUCCAGAAGAAACUCUUAUUAAAAUAUCUGAUGUUUUAGAGGAGACAUUUUAUAAUCAUGGAGACUAUAUAAUUAGACAAGGAGCAAGGGGUGACACUUUCUUUAUAAUAAGUAGGGGGCAAGUGAGAGUGACAAUGAAACAACCUGAUACGACUGAUGAGAAAUAUAUUAGAACUUUAGGCAAAGGUGACUUUUUUGGCGAGAAAGCACUUCAAGGUGAUGAUCUUAGGACAGCAAAUAUAAUAGCCGAUGAUCCAGAUGGUGUGAGUUGUCUCGUAAUCGAUCGAGAAACAUUUAAUCAACUUAUCUCGUCCUUAGAUGAAAUUAGAACACGAUACAAAGACGAGCUAGUCGAACGUAGAAGAUUUAAUGAAGAAUUCAGAGAACUUCGAUUGCAAGAUCUUCGACCAUUGGCAACAUUGGGAGUAGGAGGAUUUGGAAGAGUGGAAUUGGUGCAAAUUGCCGGCGAUAGUUCAAGAUCAUUUGCAUUGAAACAAAUGAAAAAAGCACAAAUUGUUGAAACACGACAACAACAACAUAUUAUGUCAGAGAAAAGAAUAAUGGGCGAAGCUGAUUGUGAUUUUGUUGUUAAACUCUUUAAAACAUUUAAAGAUAGAAAAUAUCUUUAUAUGCUGAUGGAGGCAUGUCUUGGUGGUGAAUUGUGGACAGUUUUAAGGGAUAGAGGUCAUUUUGAUGAUUCCACAACACGAUUUUAUACUGCCUGCGUUGUUGAAGCAUUUGAUUAUCUUCACUCGAGAAAUAUCAUCUAUAGAGAUUUAAAACCUGAAAAUCUUCUUCUUGAUAGUCAAGGAUACGUGAAAUUGGUGGAUUUUGGAUUUGCAAAACGAUUGGAGAAUGGUAGGAAAACAUGGACUUUUUGUGGUACACCAGAAUAUGUUGCACCGGAAGUUAUUCUUAAUCGAGGUCACGAUAUUAGUGCUGAUUAUUGGUCAUUGGGCGUUUUAAUGUUUGAAUUACUCACUGGAACACCACCAUUCACAGGCGCCGAUCCAAUGAAGACGUACAAUAUUAUUCUCAAGGGAAUUGAUGCCAUUGAAUUUCCACGAACAAUCACGCGAAAUGCAACGGUUCUUAUCAAAAAACUUUGUCGGGAUAAUCCAGCUGAGCGUCUCGGUUAUCAAAAGGGUGGAAUUAGCGAAAUUCAAAAACACAAAUGGUUCGAUGGUUUCAAUUGGGAAGGUCUGAGAUCGAGAACAUUGGAACCGCCAAUAAUGCCACGAGUUCAAAAUCCCAUGGACACAGCAAAUUUCGAUGAAUAUCCACCAGAUUCCGAUCCACCACCACCGGACGAUAUGUCAGGAUGGGACAAUGAUUUCUAGCACAUUCGAUAUGGCCAUUCGACAAUUUUAAAAAACAUUCUCUACGUCCACUAAAUAGCGUCGUUUGGCAAAAAAAUUUUUUUUUUCUCUCUUUUUAUAAAACACUAAAUUAAGAAUCUUUGCCCUCGAUUCUUUCUUCCAAUUCAAUUUUUUUU